CCUCUUCCCAGACGAAGCGAGGUGACACGUGCGCAUGCGCAGCCGAGGCACACGUUGUUGUGGACGUGAAAGUUUGUAAAGACGCAGACAAUCGUGACCGAGCAGCUUGUUUACAGUGAAAAACACCCACAGUGUUUCUCCUGCGUGUGUCCGCGGGGGACGUGUGUGCACUGUCACUGCAACAGAGAGACACGUGUUACCCUGGAAACAGCUGAAGUUUGAAGGAAGCUAACAGGCGAGCUAACAGGCUAACUGAGCAGCAGCAGCAUGGCAGCGGUGCUGGAGCUCAUCGCCGGGAGCUACGAGCAGAUCGUCUUCGGUUACCGGGUGACAACCGGCGAGGAGGAGUGGACGGCCAAGGCGAACUUCACACAUCACGCCCACACCGCGUCCAUAUCGGCUCUGGCGGCCAGUGAGAGGUUUGUCGUGACGGGAAGCAAAGAUGAGACCAUCCAGCUGUACGACAUGAAGAAGAAGACCGAGCACGGUGCCCUGCUGCAUCACGACGGCUCCAUCACCUGCCUGGAGUUCUACGGGACGUCCCAUCUGCUGAGCGGAGGAGAGGAUGGGCUCCUGUGUGUGUGGGGCACGAAGAAGUGGGAGUGUCUGAAGUCCAUCCACGCUCACAAAGGUCAGGUGACAUCGCUGUCCGUCCAUCCGUCUGGGAAACUCGCACUGACAGUCGGGACCGAUAAGACGCUCAGAACCUGGAAUCUGACUAAUGGAAGAUCGGCCUUCAUCAAAAACAUAAAACAAAUUGCACACAUUGUCAGGUGGUCUCCAGAUGGGGAUAAAUAUGUGGUGGUUGUAGAUGACGAGGUGAACAUCUACGACCUGGAGACGGCGUCUGUGACGGGAACAAUCACCAACCCCAAAAGAAUCUCGUCUGUUAAGUUCUUAAAUAACUCCCUCCUGGCCGUCGCAGGAGAUGAUGAGAUCGUGAGGUUGUGUGAAUUGGAAAAACUAAAAUGCGUGUGUGAGUUCAAGGCUCAUGAAACCAGGGUGAAAGCAGUGGACAGUUUUAUGAUGGAGGAUUACUGCGUGUUGGUGACGGCUUCCAAUGACGGCUUGAUCAAAAUGUGGAAGCUCCACUUUAAAGAGGAGCUGGAACCUCCCACCCUCCUCGUGGAAGUGAACACCACGGCCCGGCUGACGUGCCUCGCCGUGUGGAAACCUUCAUCGGUGCAGCCGACCGCUGAGGAACCGGCAGCUGCGGCGACGACAUCUAAAGAACUCGCUCAAGAGCUUUCAAAGACGAAGAGAGUUCGAAUUGCGACGGAAGAAGUCGUUCUAGAAGACGAGAGCAAACCCAAAAGGAAGAAGAAAAAGGGCGGUGGAAAAUGAAACGAGCAGCAAUAAAAAAAAACAUCUUUCAAAAAGCUUUACAUGCGCUGUUUUCUAUAUUUGAAAAAAAUUUUUUUGUUAAACAUGCUUGUACCUGUAAUGGACACUGGGAGGUGCUACACACCAUGUUUGACAACUUUCAAAAUCUGACUGUUCUUGAGAUCAAAUAUUUUUGCUGUCGAUACUGAAAAGAAAAAUUAUAUUUGUUAGAUAUCAUUAGAUUCCAGUUAUCCAGCCGUCGUCCUGACUAGUCUCACUAAGAGUUACUAUCUAUAUCAGAAGAUUCACUCACCUUCAUAUAAGGUUUUCUUGAGUGUCCCUAAGUAAAGAGCAGAUACUUGUGUCUGUUGUGUUUGCUCAGGUUCACCUGCAGGUUCUAACUCGUCUGUUGUUCUUCUCAUGUCAGGUCUGGUUCUUUGUCAGGUUCAAUAAUCUUUGUUUUGAUGUGUAUGUUCAUCUUUUCCCCCGUCUGACAAUUAAAAUCAACAAUAAUUAA